AUUUGUUACAGGAGUGAUGAUACACCACUUCUGUUCAUCGGCCCUGUGGGCGUAUUUAUCAGCUUUGUUCUCUUUUUAAGCAAGAAUGUGGUAACACCAAAUACGUAACUAGCUACCGGGGCUGGCGUAAACACUCCAAAGCUUUCUUUGGCUGUACAAACAGUUUCUGGGUGAGCACUGGGAGCUGCGCUGUGAGUAGGCUAUUAGCACACAGACUCUUAGGAGAUUGCUACAGCUUCACCUGGCACGUGUGCACAUCACUAUCCCUCUAAAGACGGGACGCUUUAGCAGAUCGGGGCGGGCCGUGACAAAGGUCCGGGGGAGGGUUAAAGAGGAGGAGGUAGUGUGAUAGGACUCAAACUCUUCAGACCGUAGAAGAGAGCGGCCGGACACAUCCACUGAGGGAAAGACAGCAGUGUCCUAAAACUCUGAAGUGAGGGGAAACUAAGAGCUGAAGAAGUUUGGUUAGUAAUUCAGACCGCGCUGUCCUCCAGCCGUCAGCAGUGUGCGUGUGUCAGACCAUGGCACCGCAGGUCAUCAGCUCACCCUUCCUGAAGCCAUUCUUUCUCAAGACACCGCUAAGUGUUGCCAGUCCUCGACACCAGCGACGACACACUUUACCUGCCAGCGAGUUUCGAAAUCUCACCCCACAGGACGCCAUUAGUGUGUUUGAGAUAGAGAGAGAAGCGUUUAUCUCUGUUUCCGGUGAAUGUCCACUCACACUUGAUGAGGUGCUUAGUUUCCUGGGCCAGUGUCCUGAGCUCUCGAUGGGAUGGUUUGAAGAGGGUCAGCUGGUGGCCUUCAUCAUUGGAUCUGGCUGGGACAAAGAGAAACUAGAACAGAAAGCGAUGAGAACACACGUCCCAGACUCUCCCACGGUUCACAUCCACGUGUUGUCUGUGCACCGCCAAUGUCGACAGCAGGGGAAAGGCUCCAUCGUGCUUUGGCGAUAUCUGCAGUACCUGCGCUGUCUCCCCGGGCUCCGCCGGGCCCUGCUGGUCUGUGAGGAGUUCCUGGUUCCCUUCUACCAGAAGGCUGGCUUUAAGGCGAAGGGGCCCUCAGCCGUCACUGUGGGUGCUUUGACCUUCACAGAGAUGGAGUAUCAGCUCGGAGGCCUGGCUUAUGCACGACGAAACAGCGGUUGUUAGUUUCUUUAGCUCAUUCAAUCCUGAUUCAGGACACCAUGCGUAGAUUCUGGACAGCUGUCGGCAAUCACUGGCUCAAAGCCCUACUUCCACCUGAGCAAGAACCAGAGACUUACCUAUGCACUCCUUUUAAAGAGAUUGAAGCCGUUUGGGGUAUUUGAAGGUUAAAGCUGUCGGCUGUUUUUUCUCAUGUACUGCCCAAUAUAUACUGCACACUUUACUGGUCAAAAAACAGUGGUUGUAUUUAAUAA